CUGUUACGAUAAUCCCACGUGACAUUGAUAGAGAUAGAGUGGCCAUGGUGUUAAAGUUGAAAAGGUUGAGACGAGGUGAGUGAGAGAUGAAUCCAGAAUCACAGUCAACUUAACGUUUACUCAACCUAACUUGUUACUACUAUCGAUGCUCUCUCAUUUUUCUCUUUCUUCAUUCUGAUGAUGAUGGGGUUCAAGAGUGUCAACUUGAUCUAUUAUGCACUCUUUCUUACCAUUCUUGUAAACGUCAAUGCUUCAAUUCAUCACUACAACAACGAACCCUUCACUCACCGUUCCAACGCUUUCUUCUUCCACGCCGGAACAGAAGCUAUCUUCUCCUCUUCUUCAUCUUUCAUCAGGUUCGAAACGGUGUCGUUCAACAGACCCAGAGAAUCUGCUAUCUCCUAUGGCCAAAUGCAAACCCAUACUGGUCUUGUUGAAGCAAUUAUUCUUGAAGUUAAAGACAGAAACAGAAUCGGUGGGUUCUAUUUUAAUCCCAAGUCUGAUUUAAUUUGCUGUACCCCUGAUCUUGCUAAAGAAUAUAACUGUAAUGUUGGUGAAGUUAUCAUUCAUAAUAAUCCUGAUAAUCCUGACUUUCCCAAACGGAUCAAAACCUUCUUCCGAGGAAUCGGUGAAGUUGCUCAUAUGGAUCCUCAAAUUGUUGAAAUCAAUGCUACUGGGAUGUAUUAUCUUUACUUCAUGUUUUGUGAUCCUAACCUGAAAGGGACUACUGUUACAGGAAAAACUGUAUGGAGAAAUCCUAAUGGUUAUCUUCCUGGUAAAAUGGCACCUCUUAUGACCCUUUACGGUUUCAUGUCUUUGGCUUAUCUGUUACUUGGUCUUCUAUGGUUUUUGAGGUUUCUUCAGUUUUGGAAAGAGAAGGAUAUUAUUCAUGUUCACCUUCACUACCACAUUACUGCUGUUAUUGCUCUUGGAAUGUGUGAGAUGGCUUUAUGGUAUUUUGAGUAUGCCAAUUUCAAUGUUACUGGUAGUAGGCCUAUGGGAAUUACCAUAUGGGCGGUUACUUUCACCUCUGUUAAGAAGACACUUUCGAGGCUGCUUUUGCUUGUUGUAUCUAUGGGAUAUGGUGUUGUUCGUCCUACACUUGGCGCGCAAGGGGUUGCCCAUAGAGUUGUGCUUCUUGGGGUGAUGUACUUUGUUGCAUGUGAAGCGUUUGAGCUUGUUGAGCAUUUGGGGAACAUCAAUGACUUCUCUGGGAAAUCUAAGUUGCUGUUGGUACUGCCUGUUGUUUGCCUUGACUCAUGCUUCAUUCUAUGGAUCUUCUCUUCCUUGUCUAAAACCUUGGAGAAACUGCAGACAAGGAGAAACUUAGCUAAACUGGAGAUCUACCGAAAAUUUACAAAUACCCUGGCAGUGUCUGUGCUACUGUCCAUUGCAUGGAUUGGCUUUGAGCUGUACUUCAAUGCAACUGAUCCUCUAAGUGAGCUGUGGCAAAUUGCUUGGAUUAUUCCCGCUUUUUGGUCCCUGCUUUCAUAUACUCUCUUGCUGGUGAUAUGUGUACUUUGGGCUCCUUCUCGUAACCCUACUAGAUAUGCAUACUUAGAGGGAACAGAUGACAUUGAUGAGGAAGGUAUCUCUCUGACAAGCAGCAUUGCAAAGAUGAGUGGGGAUGUGACAGCCAAUCUUGAGCGGAAAGAAAGAAAAGGUUCUAGUGCCACAAAUCUUACAAUUGCAGAAGAUAUUGAGGAGGAUAAACGAGAAUAAUGUCACUCAGAUUUGUAUAGUAGUGUUUCAUAUGUCAUCAUCUCUAACAUAAGGUUUGUAAAUAUUCAUAUAUACAACUAGUUUUUUUGUGCGGAAUGGAGAAACACAGACGCAGUGUCAUAAUUGCAAAUGGUACAUGUAUCACGUAGGAACAAUUCUCCCUAACAUCUGAACAUAUGUUAUCAUAAAAUCAUUCCCCGGCCUA